CGGCCCGACAUCCUCAUGGCCGGCUUCUUCUUCUCCAAGAGCACGCCCCGCGCAGAGCUGCCCACAACGACCGCGGCGACGACCACUGAUAGUUCGUCCCGGGAUGACGAUAUCGACGACAACGUCAAGGCGGGCUGCCCCAGCAUGUCGUACGAGAACCGACUGUAUGCGUUUGGCGCUGUCUUGGCCGUUGGCGCCGCGUGCUCGCUCUUCUCGCUCGUCUUUCUGCUGACCGUCAACUUGGUCGGGUUUGGCGUCAUGUACUCGUUCGGGUCGCUCUGCGGCCUGCUCUCGACCAUCUUCCUCGUCGGCCCGAGUCGCCAAGUGGCCACCAUGUUCCAAAAGCACCGGUGGAUUGCGACCACCGUGUACCUGAGUUUGAUUGUGCUGACGCUGCUCGUGGCGUUCUCCAAGAUGCGCCAGGCCGCCAAGGUCGUCCUCGUCCUCCUCUUUGUGUUGCUGCAGUUCCUCGCCGCAAUCUGGUACUCGCUGUCGUACAUUCCGUUUGCCCGUCGCGUCGUCCAGAAGGCGCUCGGUGGCGCGGGCGACUGCCUCUUCAAGUGAUUGUCUCGUGUCCAUAUAAUACAAUCAUAUGUGGUC